UCUGUGUUGUGAUAUUUUGCCACCACCUACACACUUCUCGAAAUUUCUUCAUUCUUCUUCCAUACCUUUAUAUACAAAUUUACUCAUCCAAAGCCGCACCUCAAAUUCGAAACCAACAAACCAACAAUUCAGGCUCGCUAAAACAACCAAAUUCCCGAUCCACUUUCCAUCUUUUUCUUAGAUUUCUGUUUGCAGUAAACCAAUAAACCAAGUUUCUGGUAUUUUGCUGAUUUUCUAUCAAUGGCAGCCAAGGUUGAAGGCAAGGCCAUUGGCAUUGAUCUUGGCACCACCUACAGCUGCGUGGGUGUGUGGCAAAACGACCGCGUCGAGAUCAUUGCAAAUGAUCAAGGUAACAGAACUACUCCUUCCUACGUUGCUUUCACUGACACCGAGCGCUUGAUCGGCGAUGCAGCCAAGAACCAGGUCGCCAUGAACCCACGGAACACUGUUUUCGACGCCAAGAGACUUAUCGGUAGGCGAUUCUCUGACCCUUCAGUACAGAGCGACAUGAAGUUGUGGCCCUUCAAAGUCAUUCCUGGACCUGCUGAGAAGCCCAUGAUCGUGGUGAAUUACAAAGGAGAAGAGAAACAGUUUGCGGCGGAAGAGAUUUCUUCCAUGGUCCUCACCAAGAUGAGGGAGAUCGCCGAGGCUUAUCUUGGUUCUUCCAUUAAGAACGCUGUCAUAACUGUUCCUGCUUAUUUCAAUGACUCACAGAGGCAGGCCACCAAGGACGCCGGAGCAAUUGCUGGGCUGAACGUGAUGAGAAUCAUCAACGAGCCCACUGCAGCUGCUAUUGCUUAUGGUCUUGACAAGAAGACCUCCAGGUCUGGCGAAAAGAACGUCCUCAUUUUCGAUCUCGGGGGUGGCACUUUCGAUGUUUCCUUGCUGACAAUCGAAGAAGGAAUCUUCGAAGUCAAGGCUACCGCCGGAGAUACCCAUCUCGGAGGUGAGGAUUUCGAUAACAGGCUCGUCAAUCAUUUUGCAGCAGAGUUCAAGAGGAAGCACAAGAAGGAUAUCGGCGGAAAUGCCAGAGCUUUGAGACGGCUGAGGACAGCCUGCGAGAGAGCAAAGAGGACUCUGUCUUCCACCACGCAGACCACCAUCGAAAUUGAUUCUCUCUACGAAGGGAUUGACUUCUAUGCCACAAUUACUCGAGCAAGGUUUGAGGAACUGAACAUGGAUUUGUUCAGGAAGUGUAUGGAACCUGUUGAGAAGUGUCUUCGAGAUUCCAAGCUCGAUAAGAGUCAGGUCCAUGACAUAGUUCUCGUCGGUGGGUCGACCAGGAUUCCCAAAGUUCAGCAACUUUUGCAGGAUUUCUUCAACGGCAAGGAACUCUGCAAGAGCAUAAACCCGGACGAGGCUGUUGCUUAUGGAGCCGCAGUACAAGCGGCAAUUCUUAGCGGGGAAGGGGAUCAGAAGGUCCAAGACCUUCUUCUUCUUGAUGUCACUCCUCUUAGCCUCGGGCUGGAAACCGCUGGAGGUGUCAUGACUGUUCUGAUUCCAAGAAACACCACCAUCCCAACAAAGAAGGAGCAAAUCUUCUCUACCUACUCUGAUAAUCAGCCAGGAGUUUUGAUUCAGGUUUAUGAAGGUGAGAGAGCAAAGACCAAGGACAACAAUCUUCUUGGAAAAUUCGAACUCACUGGCAUUCCACCGGCUCCAAGAGGUGUUCCUCAGAUCAAUGUCUGCUUUGACAUCGAUGCAAAUGGUAUACUGAAUGUAUCGGCGGAAGAUAAGACUGCUGGAGUGAAGAACAAGAUCACAAUUACAAAUGACAAGGGAAGGUUGAGCAAGGAAGAGAUCGAAAGAAUGGUGCAAGAGGCAGAAAAGUACAAGGCUGAAGAUGAAGAGGUGAAGAAAAAGGUGGAAGCCAAAAACUCCCUUGAGAAUUACGCGUACAAUAUGAGGAAUACCAUUAAAGACGAAAAAUUUGCUGGGAAACUGGAUCCUUCUGACAAGCAGAAAAUUGAGAAGGCCAUUGAGGAGACCAUUGAGUGGCUUGAUAGGAACCAACUGGCUGAGGUAGAUGAAUUGGAGGACAAGUUGAAGGAGCUGGAGGGAGUCUGCAAUCCAAUCAUUUCUAAGAUGUAUCAGGGUGGUGGUGGUGAUGUGCCAAUGGGUGGUGCUUCUGAGAUGCCAAGUGGUGGAUAUGGCAACGCUUCCUCUGAUGGGUCUGGUGCUGGGCCUAAGAUUGAAGAAGUUGAUUAAGAAUAGAAAUAACUUCUUUUAGUGGGUUAUGUUUUUGGAAAUAUCUGAUGUUUCUCUAAAUUGGGCUACACUUGCUUAGUUCGUGGGUAUGUCGAAGUAUAGGUCGUUAUAUGUAUAAUAGAGUAUAAUAUAAUGUUUGAGAAAUUUUUACAGUUACGAACACAUUACAGUAAUGUAACUUUUUACCUUGGUUUUCCAUUUCUGGUUCAACGAAGUUUGUUAUGUUCUUGUCUAA